GGGCGUCGCCAAGUUGCCAAGUUGGCCCUAAACAGUUUCUGGGGCAGGUAAGAUGAUUUCUUUUGUACUUAAAUUUUUUGUAAACAUUUUUAUUUUUUUAAUUCGUUAUGAUUUAUGUUGGAUUUUGUUUUCAGAUGGGGUAUGAACGUCAACAAAGGACAGCUUACCUAUGUACAUACGGUGCCAGACUUUAAUAAGAUGAUGGCUGAUCCUACCAAAAAAAUCAAAGAUGUCUUUCUUCCCACGCCUGAGGUGGCUGCAAUACAAUGGGAGUCUGCCAAGGAGUUUGUGCCGCAGGAUGCCUCGACCAACAUUUUUCUAGCGACGUUUACGACAGCUUGGGCUCGCCUCAAGCUGUACAGUGAAAUGGAGAAGCUGGGUCGAGACGUCCUGUAUCACGACACAGACUCCAUCAUCUACGCUACCAAUGGUCGCAAUGAUCCUCCCUUGGGUAACUUCUUAGGGGAAUUUACCGACGAAUUGGAUGGAGAUAUCAUCAAAACCUUCGUGUCAGGAGGUCCGAAAAACUAUGCGUACCAGACGGCCACUGGGAAAACUUGUUGCAAAGUCAGAGGAUUUUCGUUGAACUUCCGAAAUUCCCAGCUCUUAAAUUUUGAAGCCAUCAAAAGUCUGGUAUGUAGUCUGGACCAAAAGGAUGUCAUAGCUCUGCACAACCCCUCCAAAAUUACCCGAGAACCAAAAAGAAGAAAAGUUGUGAAUAAACCCGAAACAAAAAUGUACAAAGUUGUGUUGGACAAAAGGGUGAUUCAAUCAGACUUUACCACCUUACCAUUUGGCUUUUGAAAAUGACUUUUGUAAAAAUGUAUGGUAUGUACAAAAAAUGUUUUGUA